CCGCGUAGGCGCAUGUACGUGUCGACUGUCGUCCUAGUAACGGUUUGUUGACGAGAGAAGCUACUUUGAUGGUCUGUGUGGAUGAUAAAAUGAAACUGAAGCGAUUCUACCUCAGAUAUUAUCCUCCAGGAAUAGUUUUGGAAUAUGAGAAGAGGGGAUGUCUGAGGUCUAAAUCGAUCGACCUUUUUGAUUUGACUCCAGAAACAAAUCCUGAUGAGUUGGUGGCAGAAAUCAGCCAAUCAGAGCCUUUGAUUACAGCGUCCCGCGCUGAUCAGGUCAAACAGCUGAUCCUUCGACUUCAGCAGAAACAGCGCCAGAAGAACCACCGCUUCUGUUUCUCCAAGGAGCUAAAGGCGCACAUCCUUCCACUAACAAAUGUUGCCUUUGACAAAGCUGGAUCCAGAUUUAUAACAGGCAGCUAUGACAGGACAUGUCGAGUUUGGGACACAGCCUCGGGCACAGAGCUGCACACGCUGGAGGGUCACAGAAAUGUGGUGUAUGCCAUCACAUUCAACAACCCCUAUGGAGACAAGAUUGCCACCGCCUCCUUUGACAAAACCUGCAAACUGUGGUGUGCUGAGACAGGUGUUUGUUUCCAUACCUUCCGUGGACACACGGCUGAAAUAGUGUGCCUGGCGUUCAACCCACAGAGUACGCUGGUGGCCACGGGCAGCAUGGAUUCUACUGCCAAGCUGUGGGAUGUCGAGACUGGCGAGGAGGCGGCCACUCUAUGUGGUCACACUGCCGAGGUCAUCGCUCUUUGCUUUAACACAGCAGGAAAUCAACUUGUCACCGGCUCUUUUGACCACACAGUGUCCGUAUGGGAUGUUGCUUCAGGAAGACGGAUCCAUGCUCUGAUUGGUCACCGGGGUGAAAUCACCAACGUUCAGUUCACCUGGGGCUGCUCCCUCAUCGUCAGCGGCUCCAUGGACAAAACCUGCAAGCUGUGGGAGGCAGGCAGUGGGAAAUGUGUUGCCACUCUUGCUGAACACAAAGAAGAGGUGCUGGAUGUGUGUUUUGAUUUGAGUGGCCAGCUCAUUGCUACCGCCUGUGCUGACGGUACAGCACGAGUGUUCAGUGCAACCACACAUCAGUGUCUCGUCACCCUGGAAGGCCAUGAUGGAGAGAUAUCAAAGGUCUGUUUCAGCCCACAGGGCAACCGGCUCCUGACCGCCAGUGUGGACAAGACUGCUCGUCUGUGGGACGUUCAGUCUGGGAGCUGCCUACAAAUCCUGGAGGGGCACACUGACGAGAUCUUCUCCUGUGUCUUUAACUACGAGGGCGACACCAUCAUCACAGGAAGUAAGGAUAACACAUGCCGGAUCUGGUACUGAUCCCGCCGUCCACCCAGGCAGGCUGCCAAAUACCUGGAAACAGCAAUGAGUCUGUGUCCGCCACGUGUGACCUGCUGUAUAUCUUUUCACCCUGUGACUGCGUGAAAAAUCUCGUUAACAUCUGUGAAAAGUUGAAGCAUGAUGGCUGAGCAUGUCUCUGUGAUGGUCCUCCUGGUACCAGCCUUACUCCUACCAUGGCUAACUUUGCCCUGUAGAAAAGCUUAUUUUUUAAAUUACUGACAUGUUCUCAUAAAUGUUAUCUAAACUAGCAUGAAUUCUUCAAGUGCUCUUUUAGAAUAUUUGACAUUUUUAGGACAAACUUUGCUUUCAUGCUGAGAGUUUAAUUAAAACUAAAUCUCUUUAUUUUCUAAGGGCACACUCAAAUAAGGCAGUCUGCAUGCCUAAGCAAGUUUGACCCCAAAAGCCUGGAGUCAUUAUUGUUGCAAAACUCCCGAGAACAUUUCAACAUUUUGAGAGCAUGACUUAUAGAUUUUGCCUGUUUGUGAAACUGAAACGUUGUUAUUUUUCUAUGCAGUGUGUAUGAUACUCUCUCUGAGCGCUCAAAACGUAUUUCUGCUGUUGGAUUUUGGAAAAAAGAAACACAGGAUGGACCAAUCAUGUUUAUUCUGCCCGUUGUUGCUAUGCUGUUCUCCAGGAGAC